UUACUUCACAAUCAAUUUCCACUUUCUAUUCACAGCCCACCCAACAUCUAUAAACACUUAAGUGGUUGAACUUUAACAAAGAUAUUGCCUCAGCUGGUGUAUGCUUCUGGGUCAACUCUGCACGGCUCACGCUAAGUUUUAUCCAUGGCUGUCGAGCAGCUAGCCUACACAGCACACGAGAUCGCCCCGGCAGUGCCCCCAUGGCUAAACAAAGGAGACAAUGCGUGGCAAAUGAUAGCAUCGACUCUGGUGGGGAUUCAGAGCAUGCCUGGACUUGUAAUCCUCUAUGCGAGUAUUGUCAAGAAGAAAUGGGCCGUCAACUCAGCCUUCAUGGCACUUUAUGCCUUUGCUGCAGUCCUCAUUUGCUGGGUCCUUUUAUGCUACCGCAUGGCCUUUGGUGACGAACUCCUCCCUUUCUGGGGCAAGGGUGCACCGGCUCUAGGCCAAAAGUACCUUGUUGACCGAGCCAAGAUCCCUGAGAGUAAGCACAGGAUCACCAACGGUAACUAUGAGAUCACUGAGCCUUUUUAUCCCAUGGCGACACUUGUGUAUUUCCAAUUCACUUUUGCUGCUAUUACUCUUAUUUUGCUCGCUGGUUCUGUUCUUGGUCGCAUGAACAUUAAGGCCUGGAUGGCUUUUGUGCCUCUGUGGCUUAUAUUUUCCUAUACUGUUGUUGCUUUUAGUCUCUGGGGUGGAGGCUUUCUCUAUCGCUGGGGUGUCAUCGAUUACUCUGGCGGAUACGUUAUUCACCUCGCCUCAGGGAUCGCCGGUCUCACCGCCGCAUACUGGGUUGGACCAAGGAUAAAGAGCGACAGAGAAAGGUUUCCUCCGAACAAUGUUUUGCUGAUGCUUGCGGGUGCAGGGUUGCUGUGGAUGGGAUGGUCAGGGUUCAACGGAGGAGCGCCAUAUGCUGCAAACAUUGACUCUUCUAUAGCAGUACUCAACACAAACGUUGCUGCAGCAACGAGCCUUCUUGUCUGGACAUCUCUUGAUGUUGUGUUCUUUGGGAAGCCUUCCGUAAUUGGAGCUGUUCAGGGAAUGAUGACAGGACUUGCUUGCAUCACGCCAGGAGCAGGUUUGGUGCAAUCGUGGGCUGCUAUAGUGAUGGGAAUGCUUUCCGGCAGUAUUCCAUGGGUAUCCAUGAUGAUCCUUCACAAGAGAUGCAGUUUGCUACAAAAGAUAGAUGACACACUUGGUGUUUUUCACACCCACGCGGUGGCCGGUCUGUUGGGCGGCCUCCUCACCGGGCUGCUGGCAGAGCCAGACCUCUGCAAGCUCAUACUGCCGACCGACACAAGGGGUGCGUUUUACGGUGAAAACGGAGGUGUGCAAUUCUUGAAGCAAAUAGUAGCAGCCUUGUUUGUCAUUGGUUGGAACGUAGCGUCCACGACCAUAAUUCUUCUAGUAAUAAGGCUGUUUAUACCAUUGAGGAUGCCCGAUAACCAGCUCGAGAUUGGAGACGACGCCGUCCACGGGGAAGAAGCAUAUGCCCUUUGGGGUGAUGGAGAGAAAUACGACCCGACAAGGCACGGUUGGCACACGUCUUCACACUCAGAGGUGACAGCACCAUCACCUUAUGUGAAUGGUGCAAGAGGAGUAACCAUCAAUCUGUAGCUGCUGCAAACUUUGACACAUAAAUAUAGAAAAUAUUUUGCUGUAAAUAUGAUUUUUCCUGUGUGAGAUUGCGUGGUGGGGAGGUAAUAUAUACAUAUCAGAAAGGAGAGAUCCUCAGCUCCUGGCAUCUUCAAUUUUGAGAAUGGACACCCUUAUGGUCUGCUUGUAUUAGCGUACCCUGCAAAAGCGGAUUGUUUCUGUUUUAAUCUCAACAACGUUCUUUUCCUCUUUCUUUUUUUAA